UGUGGCAUGAAGAUUUUAUAUCUACAGGCAAGCACCUUCUUAGGUCAUUCGAAAGACUCAUCACGCUGUCUCUGUUUUUUUUUGUUCUCUGAGCAAGACUUUUGGCCAAAUCAUUAUCAACCGCAAUCCAAUCACCCUAGGCCGUAUAAUACAAUUACGCAAUUAGUACUGCUUUUGUCGCCUGCGUACAGAAUGGCCCCAGCUAGCUCUACUGAAACGCCAUGGCAUGCUGCGUAUCCGUCGCCAACAAAUGCAUCACCAGCUACUAUAACACGAGAUGAGGUACUGGAAAUAUUAAAAGGCGAGGAUGGCACGACCUGCCCAUCAUACGUGCUCGUUGAUCUCCGCCGGACAGACCAUGAGGGUGGCACUAUUCACGGUUCCAUUAAUCUACCUGCACAAAGCUUGUAUCCCAGCAUUCCUACGCUGUAUAAACUUUUCAAAACCGCGGGCAUCAAGAAUGUCAUUUGGUAUUGCGGAUCAUCCCAGGGUCGUGGCACUCGUGCCACAGGCUGGUUCAGCGACCACUUGAAGAAUCACAGCGAUGAAGAAAUGAAAAGUCAUGCCCUUCUCGGAGGUAUCAAAGGCUGGGCCGCCGCAGGUGGUGAGUUUGUUCAGUAUAUGAAUGAGUACGACGCGUCAUUUUGGUCCAAGUGAACUGGACACUGGAUUUUCAGCCUGUUAACCUCGAGCAUGGCAACUGAGUUCCCUAUAGUCGCGUACAUAUGAGUCUAGACCUAUGAUGAAGAUACUUGUCUUGCACCA